AUGACUUACGCGGCAUCUCUUCUUGCUGGCGCAUUUGUGGAGCGUCUGCUCUUUAAUGCAGAUCUUCACUUUCUCCGUGCAGUGGAGGUCGGCAGUGUGAGUCCCCAGUCGGUUGCGAUGGAUGCCGAGCAAGCAGCUCAAGCUCAAAUCCGGCACAGGAGGCUUUUGGGUCCUCUGGCACUCGCUGCUGUGGCCCUGAAGAUCCUUGGCCAAGGUGCUUCUCCCGGCUUUUGCGCGCCAGCGCAUCGGACAAGCGGGCAGACUCUUGCCCGGAGUGCCCUGGCCUCGCGGGAAGUCUUUGCCGAGGAGAGGAGCGAUUACGGAGAGGAUUCGGAGGCUGAGCCGGAGGCGGAGGAUGACCUCGGAGUCCCAAAGCUUACGAGGUCCGCCUUCAAGCUGGAGACCGCCAGACAAGAUGCAGACAAGCUCGACAUUGACGCAGUUAGUGCUAUGGUACAAGGCGAGCUGAGCAAUGCUGGCUUCAAGGUGCAGAUGCAUGACGGUCAGCCGUCGAUGGAUCUGAUUGGAGCUGGUGAUGCAGAAGUCCUCCGGGCGGCGGCCGCAGCUUUGCGACAGCACGCCUUGCGACGGGAGCCUCCGACUGAGGAUCUGAUGGAGUCGCUGCAGGACUUGCUUGCUGAACAGCAGGUGGAUCCUCUGGUCGUGUCAUCACUGAUGUGGUCCUGUGGAAGGCUGGUGGCAGACACCCGUCCUCUCUUGCCGACCCUUCGAGAUGUCGUCAUCGAGGCUGCUCCAGGUAUGAAUGCGCAGAACUUGACCUCCUGCUGGUGUUCUGCAGCGAAUCUGCAGCCCUAUGCAGAGGAGGUGGAUGAGAUGAUUCCGGCCUUGCUCAAUGCUGUUCUACCAAAGGCUGCCGACUUGCAGCCAAGCCAGCUCGUGGCCUUCAUCUGGGCAUCUGGCAAGUUGGACCUUCGGCGGGAUGAGGUCGCCCAGAUCAGCGCCUUGCCGAAGCGCCUUCGAAGAUUCGAACUAGAGAUACUUCCUCUGAAGGACAUAGCCAACUUUGUUUUCGGCCUGUCGCAGCUGGACUUCAGGGACAUGGAUGUGCUGGGCAUGAUUGCAAAGACGGCCACUGGGAGGGUGGCCAAGUCAAAGCGGAAGGAAGCGCACCAGGACUUGCCAAUGAUUGUGAUGUCGCUGACGCGCUUGGGCUAUAAGGAUGUGCAGAUGAACCUGCUCCUUGACGCCGUUGCAGAUCGGCUUCAGAAGACGCGCAUGUUGAAAAAGAUGCCCGACUGGAGCCUGGCAGCGCUGUUCUGGGCCUGGCCACAAGAUGGCUCGCUGGAGGGAGUCAGGAACAUGCAGGAGCUUCUAGCGCCAGAGGUGCAGCAAAGGAUGCAGAAGAGCAAGUUCACGAGUCGAAUGUUGGAGAGGAGUUGGAUGGGUCCCGCUGAUGCGGUGGGCGGCCCUUCGCCUUGCGGUGCGCCGAGGAGGUUUGGUGGAAUGACGACACAAACAGAGGAGCAAAAGCAGCAGAGCCGAUGGGACUACCCAAUUAACGACGCGACGAAAGGCGAGGUUCGAGCAAGGUACACUCCGCCUCCGGGAGAAGUUGGACAACUUACACUCAAUGUGGGCGACAUUGUGUGGGUCCUUGAAGAGGAGGACGGCUGGUGCGGUGGUCACAAGGAUGGUGACGACAAUACUGGCUGGUUCCCAGCGUCGAUUAUCAACCGCAUUCCUCGAGGCGACUGCCAAGAGGAUGACGAAGAUGACAGGAGAAAUUCGGCCUUGUACACCAGUGAUCACCGAGCAGUUGCUUCUCCACAGGCAAAGCACCGAAAGGUUUCGGCUCAGCUUGAGCUUGCGGAGACCAAGCAACGCCUGGAAGCGGCAGAAUCCGAGCGUCGACGUUUGGAGGAGGUGGUCAAGGGACUGCAGAAAGAGAAAAAUGACUGGGAGCACGAACGGCGGGGUAUGGUGAAGAGAUACGAGGAGCUCCAACAUUCCAAGGUUCAGUCAGCCCAGGAGGAGGCCAGGCGGAAGGAGGAGGAGCUUCGGUCACAGAAAGAGAUCAACAAAAUCUUGGAGGCAGAUCUCCGGUCCGAGAAAGCAAGCGCGAAUAGCUUGAAGGGCAAGCUCAAGGAGCUCGAGGAGCACUGCAGAAAGCUUAAAGUGGAGGUCGAUCAUCUUAAGACUCGGCCAACAGACGCUGCGAGCAGGGAGGACGCCAUCGGCGGUAGCACCACAGGCAUCUCCCGCACAUAUGCUGGAGACAGUGGACACCGCACGCCGUCUGUUCCUCACACCGUUUCAGGCGUGCUCUCAGGGAGCUUGCAGGCGCCGCCCGCCCCUUGUGUUAGCAUUGCGCCAACCUCUUCCAUGACAUCGGUUGGAGUUGGCCAGGUCUCCGCCUCUCCGUUGUCGGCCAGGCAGCCGGCCGGGGCUGGGCUGGGAGCAAGACACGCUUCGCCCCGCCACGCCUCCUGGAUGCCUCCCACGGGGCCAACUGUGCACGCUCCGUCAUCACCUCACCUUCGGCAGCGCAUCCCGAGUCAGCGCGAUGUGACAUUGGACUCAGUUUCACACGCUCCGCCGGUUCGCAAGCUGGUCUCUGAGAUCGAGAAGAGGAGCAACAGCCAGGGUGCUCCCACCACCAGGGAAACAGCGCCCAUCAAUCGGCAGCUGGUUUUCCCGGCUGCGGCACCGAGUGUUUCCUCAUGUUGUACAGUUCGACGGCCUAUGGCCUCAGUCCCUAUUCUGACGACCGGCCAUGUCUCCAUGACAUCAGCGGUUCGAGCCGGUUCACGCGAGGGCCAGCCCGUGGCUCGGACCAUGCGAACGGUCACACAGAGCUCCUCACGCUCGGCCUUCCAGGUGGAACCGGAGCCCGAGACACCAAACGCAUCUCCGAACGUGACGCACAUGGAGGACCCGUCUCGAAACUUCGGCAUGUCUCCGAUCAAGCGUCAAGCUUACACGAUCACUCGUGGAGGAGUGACAGGGCACCCGAUGACGCACUCACCUCCAUCGCGGCCAAUCUCUGUACAGGACAGGAUCCGACAAUUGAAUGCAAGCCGUUAUCGUUGA